GAGCUCCUCGCGUUUGCUGCCAAUCUGUAGCAGGCACGCGGGAUUCCGUGGCGCUGCGUUAAUUGUUGUGGCUCCUCGUAAGCCGAAGAAAGUUCGCCACCUUCCACCUGCUUCGCACUUCGCUUCCUCCUCACGGGGCCAUGGAUGAUUCCGAGAAGGACAAACUGUACCGCGCGGAAUACGCCAAGAGCGGCCGCGCAUCGUGCAAGAAGUGCAAAGAAAACAUAGGGAACGGUUCGCUGAGGAUGGCCAUCAUGGUGCAGUCGCCCAUGUUUGAUGGGAAGGUUCCGCACUGGCACCACUUCUCCUGCUUCUGGCAGCGAGCGUCUGCCCAGUCCACCGGUGACAUAGCUGGUUUUUCUGACCUUCGCUGGAAGGAUCAGGAGAGCAUCAAGAAGGCCAUUGAGACCGGUGGAGUCACAGGAGGAGACGGAGGCCAGAAGAGUGGAGCUAAAGGGGAGAAGACACUGAAUGACUUUGCAGUGGAAUAUGCCAAGUCUAACCGAAGCACAUGCAAAGGCUGUGAGCAGAAAAUAGAUAAGGAUCAGAUUCGUGUGUCCAAGAAAACUGUCGACCCCGAGAAGCCACAGCUGGGUCUGAUCGACCGGUGGUACCACACGGCGUGUUUCGUGAGCCGCAGGGAGGAGCUGGCCUUCAAACCAGAAUACGGCGCUGCCCAGCUGAAAGGUUUCAUUGCGCUACGAGCUGAAGACAAGGAGGAACUUACAAAGAGGCUUCCUGCUGUCAAAUCUGAAGGAAAACGUAAAUCUGAUGAGGUGGAUGGAGUUACAAAAAAACAGAAGAAGGAGGAAGAGGACGAAAAUAAAAAGCUGGAGGAGCAGUUGAAGAAUCAAAGCCAGCUGAUUUGGGGGAUUAAGGACAAGCUGAGGAAGCACUGUUCAAUCAACGACAUGAAGGAACUGCUGAUUGCUAAUCACCAAGACGUUCCCUCCGGAGAGUCCAACGUGGUGGACUGCCUGGCUGAUGGCAUGGCCUUUGGUGCUCUUGCGCCCUGCGGGGAGUGUCAGGGCCAGCUUGUGUUUAAGGGUGAUGCAUAUUACUGCACAGGUGACAUCUCAGCCUGGACUAAGUGCGUGUUCAAAACGGCAACUCCCAAACGGCAAGACUGGGUCGUUCCUAAGGAAUUUGGUGAGGUGCCUUUUCUGAAAAAAUUCAAGUUUAAGCGACAAGACAGGAUAUAUCCCAAAGAGACGCCCACUCAAGCACAGACCAAAGUCAAACCUGAGCCUCUGCCAAGUGCUUCCACAGCCCCAGCUGAGCCACUGCCAGAGGGAGCACCUUCAGACAAGCCUCUGACUGGUAUGAAGUUCUUGUCUGUGGGCAAGCUCAGCAAGAACAAAGAUGAUCUGAAGGCAGCAAUAGAGGAGUUGGGUGGGAAGAUUACUAGCACAGCCAACAAGGCCUCUCUGUGCCUGAGCUCCAAGAAGGAAGUGGAGAAGAUGAGCAAGAAGAUGGAGGAAGUGAGGGAUGCAGGUGUGCGCGUGGUCUCAGAGGAUUUCCUGACAGACAUCAAAUCAUCCGGCAAAGCUCUCCAGGAACUGGUCUCUCUGCACGCCAUCUCACCGUGGGGGGCAGAGGUCAAAGUUGAGGCUCAGGCGCCCUCCGUCUCCUCCAAAUCUGCAGGCCUGGCAAUGAAGAGCACAGGGAGGGUGAAGGAGGAGGAAGGCGGUAGCAAAUCCAAGAAGAUGAAACUUACAGUUAAAGGUGGAGCUGCUGUGGAUCCAGACUCUGGUCUGGAGAACAGUGCCCAUGUCCUGGAGCAGAACGGACAGAUGUACAAUGCCACUCUAGGUCUUGUGGACAUAGUCAGAGGAACUAACUCCUACUAUAAACUGCAGCUGCUGGAGGAUGAUGUGCAUAAACGGUACUGGGUGUUCAGGUCAUGGGGCAGAGUGGGCACCACCAUAGGAGGGAACAAGCUGGACAAGUUCAGUGACAAGAACUCUGCCCUGAACAACUUCCGCGGCGUCUACAGGGAGAAGACGGGCAACGAGUGGGGCUCGUCCAACUUCACCAAAUAUCCCAAUAAAUUCUAUCCUCUGGAGAUUGAUUACGGACAGGAUGAGGAAGCGGUGAAGAGGCUCACGGCCACAGCGGGCACCAAGUCUAAGCUGGAAAAACCUGUUCAGGAACUGAUCAAGAUGAUCUUUGAUGUGGAGAGCAUGAAGAAGGCCAUGGUGGAGUUUGAGAUUGACCUUCAGAAGAUGCCCCUUGGAAAGCUGAGUAAGAGGCAGAUCCAGGGUGCCUACGCCCUCCUGACUGAAGUACAGCAGGCUGUAUCAGAUUGCGUACCUGAAUCACAGAUACUGGAUCUAUCCAAUCGCUUCUACACCUUGAUACCACACGACUUUGGCAUGAAGAAGCCGCCACUACUCAACAGCCUGGACUACAUUCAAGCCAAAGUUCAAAUGUUGGACAACCUGUUGGAUAUUGAAGUGGCGUACAGCCUGCUGAGAGCAGGUGCCCAGGACGACGAGAAGGAUGCCAUCGACAUCAAUUAUGAGAAACUCAAAACCAGGAUUGAGGUUGUUGAUAAAACCACAAAGGAGGCUGAAAUUAUUGACCAGUAUGUUAAGAACACCCACGCUGCUACACACAACACGUACACACUGGAAGUACAAGAAAUCUUCAAGAUUGUUAGAGAAGGAGAGCGCCAACGUUACCGUCCCUUCGAGGAGCUGCACAAUCGCCAGCUGCUAUGGCACGGUUCUCGCGCCACCAAUUAUGCUGGUAUCUUGUCUCAGGGUCUUCGCAUUGCCCCUCCAGAGGCUCCAGUGACUGGCUACAUGUUUGGCAAAGGCGUGUACUUCGCUGACAUGGUGUCCAAGAGUGCCAACUACUGUCACACCUCCCAGUCAGACCCUGUAGGCCUCAUACUCCUGGCUGAGGUUGCCCUCGGCAACAUGCACGAGUUGAAGAAGGCUUCGCACAUCACAAAAUUACCUAAGGGCAAGCACAGUGUUAAAGGUUUGGGCAGAACUGCUCCCGAUCCAGGUGCUACGGUCAAUUUAGAAGGAGUGCAAGUUCCUCUGGGCAAAGGUGUCCACACUAACAUAGAUGACACAAGUCUUCUGUACAACGAAUACAUUGUUUAUGAUGUGGCACAGAUAAACAUGAAAUAUCUGCUGAAGAUUAAGUUCAACUACCAGACGUCCCUGUGGUGAGAGGGGCCAUGUGUGAGCCCUCUUCUGUGAAAACAAAAACCACUGUUGCCUCCAGAUGCUUGGGAUUCAUUCUCCGCAACAAAAGAUGUUUGGCGAAAAGUGAUGGUAUCCCCCCCACACUUCACAAUGGUCACAGCAAAUUUCUAGUCACUUUAUUGCUUUUUCAUCAGGUUACCUGCUUGGCAGCCUUACUUAGAAAGGCGUUAGGUAUUUUAAUACCUACUUCACACUCAUAAGACUGCGAACCUCAGCUCAAUAUUGUAAAGCGUGGUGCGUACUAGAUGAGACGAUAUGAUUUAGAGGUUAACAUCAGAAAAUGUUAGUAACGUUCAGUGUUACAUCACAACUUGUUAUUCUACAUUUUACAAACAGGCAGAGUUGUGCUGCAAGCUUGGAAACCGUUUUGGUUUGUGAACAAACCCAUGUUCGCGUUUUGCUAUGCUUUCCGAGUAAAACGUCCAAAAAGAUGAACCUUUAAUAGACUGGUGGGUCGGGUGAUCCUGUAGAAGGACAUGUAUAAAUGUCAUUUGUCUUCCGUUCAGAAAAUAAAAGACAAAGUGUUAAUCAUGCUUAUUAAAGAUUCUGUCAUGAUGUAUGUUACACUUUUUAGAUGUUUUUUUCCAUUUACCUGAAACUAAAUAAAACAUGAAGAGUUCUGGAAAAUGUCA